UCAUGCUGCUGCCAGGUCCAGAGUGUCUCAUGGGUCCCUGUACGGCCUCCCAUUGCUGCUGUCUCCAUCGCCACACUCUGCCAUGUGCCACUUUCAGGUCUCCUCACACUGCUGGUGUGUUCCAUUUUUUGUCAUAGGGUGCUGGCAGAUUACGGGCCUCCCAUUGCUGCUGCCAGGCCCGUAAUCUGCCAUGGGCCCCUGUACCGCCUCCUCAUGCUGCUGCCAGGUCCAGAGUCUCUCAUGGGUCCCUGUACGGCCUCCCAUUGCUGCUGUCUCCAUCGCCACACUCUGCCAUGUGCCA